AUGUGAAUGUGAAAAAAGCACACAUUGAAGCAAGGAGAAGAAAGUUGAAUGAAGGUGAAGCAGUUGACUGGGCAACAGCAGAAGCCUUGGCUUUUGGCUCUCUUCUCUAUCAAGGUGGUGAAUAGUCCCCUAUCAGAGGAAGCAGUUCUGGGCUUUGAGUAUGGAUUCAGCAUGACACACCCUAAUUGCCUUGUGUUGUGGGAGGCUCAGUUUGGAGACUUCUUCAAUACUGCUCAAGUCGUGAUCGAUACUUUCAUCUCUUCUGGGGAGAGUAAAUGGCUGAUGCAGAGUGGGCUAGUGAUGCUACUACCUCAUGGGCUGGAUGGAGCUGGGCCAGAACAUAGCUCAUGUCGACUGGAAAGGUUCCUUCAGUUGAGUGAUUCAUAUGAGGAAGCUGGUAUGGAUGGUGAUAAUGUGAAUAUGCAAAUUGUCCAUCCCACCACCCCUGCGCAAUAUUUUCAUCUUCUACGGAGGCAGAUGGUGAGGAACUUCCGUAAGCCCCUCAUCGUUGCAACCCCCAAGAUCUUACUUCGUUUGCCAGCUGCAACCAGCCAUCUGGAAGAAAUGGGCCCUGGAACUUCAUUUCAUCUUGUUUUAGGAUUCAGGAUAGUUAGUGAUAUCAAGAGGCGAUUUCGCCCAUUUCGAUAUCAUGUGUCGAGGUCGAGCGUUCCUUAA